GCUUCAUGGGCGCAGCGAGGAGAGUGACCAGCAAGAAUCCCUGCACAAGCUCCUGACCUCCGGAGGACUGAGCGAGGAUUUCAGGACCCCUUAUCCUCCCCUCAGAGCUAAUGUUAUUGAAGCUAUUAACGAGCUGCUAAUAGAGCUAGAGGGCACCACCGAUAACAUCGCCAUGCAGGCGCUGGAGCACAUCCACUCCAACGAGGUGAUCAUGACCGUCGGGUACUCGCGCACCGUGGAGGCCUUCCUGAAGGAAGCUGCCCGCAAGAGGAAGUUCCAGGUGAUCGUGGCGGAGUGUGCGCCGUUCUGCCAGGGUCAUGAAAUGGCUGUCCGACUGUCGAAGGAGAACAUUGAAACUACUGUCAUGAGUGAUGCAGCUAUUUUUGCUGUCAUGUCUCGAGUCAACAAGGUCAUAAUUGGUACGAAGACAAUCCUGGCCAACGGCGCCCUGAUUGCUGUGAGUGGGACGCACACUCUGGCCCUGGCAGCUAAACACCACUCCACUCCGCUCAUCGUCUGCGCCCCCAUGUUCAAGCUUUCACCGCAGUUCCCUAAUGAAGAAGAUUCAUUCCACAAGUUUGUGUCGCCACAGGAGGUGCUGCCGUUCACAGAAGGGGAGAUCCUGGCAAAGAUCAAUGUUCACUGCCCGGUGUUUGACUACGUCCCUCCAGAACUAAUUACUCUCUUCAUUUCUAACAUUGGGGGUAAUGCGCCUUCCUACAUCUACCGCCUCAUGAGUGAGCUCUACCAUCCAGAUGACUAUGAACUCUAAAGUCACUCUCCAGACUUUUCCUGUCUUUCUCUGUAGAAAGAUACAACAGCUAACUAAAGUGUAUGUUGCAAAGAUGGGUUGCUGUGGGGAAUCAGUGGGAAAUUUGUUCAGCACAAUGUCUUUCCUACCCAAAAGCAACAGAAGGCAGAGCUUUUGUACUGGUAUCGAUCCCUGUGCUGUGUGACGAGCCGCAUGGAGCUGCUAACCCACUUUGAUUCGGAAAGAGCAAGGCAUGCGUGUAACUCUGGGGCAGCUAAGCUGUUACCUCAAAGUGUGCUGCAAUAAAGGCUGUUUACAGUCAUCUCGCUGUUAAGCA